GUUUGACUUAUAAACUUUCUAUUUUAAUUAAGAUAACCCMGAAAUGGAAGCAUACAUGCCUGAGGAAAAUGUUGUUAAGAGAAACGUCUUUGAAGGAGAUAUCUAUCUUGACAAAAGUACGGAGAAUAUCUUGGAACAACUAAUGAGCCCGACACGAGAAGCUCUAGUCAAUCCAAUUUCUCACUGGAAAGACGGUCGUGUACCAUACCAAUUUGGGCCAGUCAGUGACGAAGUAAAGCGUGUAUUUAAGGAAGCCAUUGCCGAGUACAAGAAGCACACKUGUAUCGAGUUCGUACCCAGGACGAGUGAACGGGACUAUAUCUACGUCGUGGCUGAGACGGGAUGCUGGUCUUCUGUUGGUCGAAGUGGUUACAGACAAAAACUGUCAAUUGGUACAAACUGCGAGAGGAAAGGCACCGUGAUGCACGAGAUGAUGCACGCRCUUGGUUUCUUUCAUGAACAAUCCAGACUUGACAGGGAUGAUUAUAUCAGUAUACACUGGGAGAACAUUGAUCCAAAGAAACGCUUCAACUUUCAGAAGUACGAACAUGGGCAAGCAGACACGUUAGGAGCUCGAUACGAUUAUGGAUCCAUAAUGCACUACCCUAUGUACGCCUUCACCAAUAAUGGACGUGCGACAAUCGUCCCUAAAGACCCGAACGCUGAAAUUGGACAGAGAACACACCUAAGUAACAUCGACAUUCAGCAAGUCAACAAGCUUUAUAAGUGCCAAGCAACAACCACUCCUGCUCCUACGCCAGCUCCUACAACAAAACCGUGCACAGACAAACUGGAUGUUUGCUACUAUUAUGCUUACUUUGGUUACUGCAGUUACUACCGAGAAUUUAUGUCUACGAACUGCAGAAAAAGCUGCUUUGUAUGUUGAGACUAUGGCGAGGAGAGACCCGAGAGAAAGCAAGAAAAUGCAGGGCUUUUUCGUUAGAUGUAGCCUGUCUUGAUGUAGUAUAUUCAGUUUAGCCAAUAUAAUCUAAUCUCAUCAGGCCCUACCCUCGGAAAGCCUGUCAGGAAAUGUUCAUAUCAUUUUACCUUUACCUUGUUUGUACUUUUUCUGUUUUAUCACCAUUAUAUUCUUAAGUCACAUCUUUACAUAAUAUUACAUAAUAUUAGAUGAUUGUUAAGUGUUCAAGUGCUUUAAAAUAAACUUCAAUGGACUCAAUGAGAA